CCUGUAGUCGCGGCGGCGUCUAGCGGCGCAACGCACCUCUACUGUUUAUGGAAACGGUUGAAAUGAAGUGUGCAAAACUACAACUUCAGGAGAGAACGAAGAUAGGCCCAAAGGAAUCAACAGCCGAUGGACCACGUAGGUAUUGUCAGAGGCGGCUUGUUGAUCCAGAUCAAGACUUAUGGAUUAUUUUCUUUGGCAGGUUCAGGUUUAAUGAAGACGCCAACUUAAUUGGAUCAUACUACAAUGGUCGAUUACGUCAAGGCGCUGAUGACUUAUACCUUUCAGUCCAAAAUUUACAGUUCCAAGGAGUAGAGCAACAGAGGAAAAGACCACGUACUAGCUUUAAAUACAAAACUUUACCAUCUCGACAACACCGAAUGUUUGUGAAAGAACUUGUUGAAGAUAAUUUAUAUGAGGGUGGUCGGUGCUCUGAGCUCACAUGUUACUACUACGACGAUUACGCCAAGUAUUUAAUAAACAAUGAUCGUUCGAGACCUUCAUCAGGCAAAUCUAGCAUAUUCCUAUUUGACGCAAUUGAAAAACCUAAAGAAAAUGUCGCAAAAAAUAAGGUGAGAACCAAAGCUUUGAAAACAGCCAAAAGUGAGUCAAAUAAAAAGAAACCUAAUGAGAUACUAAAUGGUGAUAAGAAAGAUUUAGAACCUCAUGAUAAAGAUACAAAGAUAUCGUAUCACAAAAGUGGAAAGAGAAAAAGUUUGACUAUAUCUAGAGCCGACAGUCCCGCCACUCUACAAGUUAUUCGAGUCGACGUUGUUUGCAAUUACUGUACUAGCUCAAUCUCCGACUAUGAAGAUACAAAACAAACUAAAUCGCAAGAUAUUACCAACGAAAAAGUAGCGAAGGGAGAUUCGCAUUUCGCAAAUAAAUAUCUUUUGACGAAUACAGUUAAGACUCUUGAUGAGAAUGCGGGCGGGGCGAGAGUUACAUUACUUUGUAAGACUUUUAAGUUAGCGGACAGAUCAGGUCUGUUUGCUGAGAAUAAAGCAAAAUCUUUGAAAAUUAGACGUAACUGAAAAAUAAUAUCCGCUUCAUACUUUAAAUCAAUUUAUGUUGUAAGAGUUAAUUUAUUUUUAUCUGCGAGAUGUGACGUCUAUUAAAAUUACCUGCGAGCGAAUCUUGGCGCCCUUCUGGCGCCACCCUUACUUUCUAUAUUCUAUAUUCUAUGGUUCUCAAAUUUCACAAAUAACCCUCAGUAUUAUAUUCAUUAAUAGGUGUAUCAUUUAUGAUGAGAGCUUGGUGUAAUUAUUUAUAUAAGUUUAACUAUAACUGUAAUACUAUACGGAUGAUUGCGACAAUAAAGUAGUUUUCAACUUAUAUAGUUUUAAAAUAUAUUAAUAACAAAUAAACAGCAAAUUGCGCGUCAAUGUUGGUGUGUUGUGGGUCUUAUAAACUUCAGACGUGUAAAUAAAAAUUAAAGUUUGGUUUACUCAACGGACGAAAGUCAUCUCUAAGUUUGAGAAUCAUUUGUAAAGAUAGAAAAAAAUCUAAACAAACUUUCCACGUACCCUGUGAUUUAGUACGCCGAAGCGCAAUCUAGUUUAUUUAAGUGUCGUUUAAUCUUAAGUUCCGCAUCGGAGUAAUAAAAUGCUCUGCAAUCUUUUAAUUAAGAACAACCGCGCAUUGCUAUUGUGUUAGUAAUAAUCGUAAGGAAAUAUCAACAUUUAUGAAUAAUGACUGAUCAUUUCUAAUAAUUUGGUGCAUUCUAAAAUGUACCAUAUUACAAUGCAAUAAAGGUACUAUUACAAUUGAGGAGGAUUUAAAGUGACAAUCACAAUCUUGCUUAUAGUAUUCAUGAUAUAGGUAAGAAGAGGAACAUGAACCCGAGUUUUAUUUCGGCUGAUGACCCAAUUACAAAGUAAAAAUAUUACCUAUACUAUUCUAUAACGUUCUUAAGCAGUAUGCCCGGCCCACAGUGCCUUCUUAUUAGUAGUAAGCUACAAUUCUAAACUAUUUAAAAUUAAUAAAAUAAAAGUGCAUUUUUUACGUAAAAUAUUACAAAGAAGGAUUCACAAUUUGUCUAUGGCAUAUGAGACAGGGUCGCAAACAUAGAAUAUCAGAUGUAAUAUAGAAUAGUGAGAAUGAUUAACGAUCCGAAUGGAAACGUUUCUGAAUAUUAAUUUGUAGUUGAGGUCACUAGAGCCUUGGCAAAUGUGACACGGCCGCAGCGAAAGGAUUGGUACGCCAUGGACCCCCCGAUAGGGUGUAUGUGCCGAAUUUAUAGGUGUGAGAGAUGGAACUUCAGGGUAGCUAAAGGGUGAGGUGGACUUUGGACCCCCACACUUAGGGGGCUCGAAACCCCCGAUUCGCCCUAGUCCGGCACCCCCGCCCGAGGCUCCCGUUCCUGUCCACGCGAUAAGAGGAAAGAGGGGAGGACGUCAAAUGGACGUUUUACGCAUAAUUUAGAGCAGUAAAUGGAUUCGAACAGUCUCCACACAGCACACAUAAGCGUUAACGCGAUUUUGCUCAAAUUAAACAUAACGCCGCUGGCGUGAUUAAAUUAAAACUAUUGUUUUGCUCGUCUAGAAUAUUCUAGUUAAAUUCUCCAAGACCAUACUAACAUAUAAUACAAUAGAUAUUGAGAAUAUAGAUUGUAAUAUUAAGUGGUUUCAAUUAAAAUUUACUUAGAUUAUGUGAUAGGGAAGGGUUAGUUUAGUUAUCUCCUUGAAACCGCUGAGGGAAAAUAGACUUUAAACCAAAUUGAGUCGUAGAAAAAUGAUAAUUUCUCUCAAUGAUCAUAUGUAUUUUAAGUCCCCUAUCUCCCCAAUGGAAACUAGGGCAGGCAAUUUUCUUACUCAUUAAUACAAUUUAAGACAAGUCAACAGAUAGAACAGAGGUUUGCGUAUCAUGAAACAACUUUUGUUUCACCAGGAAUUGUGAGCAGUACUUCCGGGUCAUACACUGAGUACGUUAACCACUA